AUGGAGCUGCCGAGAAUCGCCUCUCAGACGUCCAUCUGCCCGCCCAGCAUCCCCGGCAUUCAGCUGCUGACGGAGUGUCAGAAGCCGCGGACGCCGGUGAGCAAGCGGCUGCUGAGCGCGGCCAGACAACCAGCUGAGCCGCAGUUUGCCAUCCUUCCCUCCGCACCGGCUUUCCAGCCCAGUCGCAAGAGGGAAGAGGCUCGCGCUCUACAAAACUUGAGAAAAAGACUUCAGGCUGUGAGGGUCCUAAAAGCUAACAGAGCUGAGCCCAUCGAAGCGAGUUGUGCCAACAAUAAUUUAAGUCCAGAAGAACUCGACAAUAGGCCUUAUCUCCUACAGAAAAUUUUAACUAACCGUCCAGUGAGCAUGGUACUAGACGUCUCCGAAAUUCGUACAGCGUGGCAAGACAGUGACUUUAUAACCGACUGCCUGUGCUGGCACAACGUAUACAGGCAGAGGCACGCCUCACCACCCCUUACCAUGUCAUCAGAGCUCUGCUACCUUGCUCAGACGUGGGCGAACCAUUUGGCCCAUACCAAUAAAUUCUACUACCGCAACGAUAAGGAUAUCGGCCAGAAUUUGUUCUGCAGGCCUUCUAAUGGAUUGAUUCAGGAUGUGUCAGGACAAGAAGUAGCUACGUACUGGUAUUCUGCAGUUCGACAGUACGAUUUUGGGAAAGAACCAGACUGCUUACACGCUAACGUUAAUGCAGGCCAUUUCACGCAGAUGGUGUGGGUCGGCUCCCGUUACUGCGGAGUGGGCAAAGCCCGUUCCAGGACGGGAAAGAUAGUCGUAGUGGCUCAUUACUCGCCUCCAGGCAACGUUUCGGGAGGUUACUUCGAAAACGUCCUCCCCCCGGUCGAAGACUACCCCCGUCUACCGCCACAACCACCCCCUAGAUUCAUCAUGACCGGAAGCACGACGUCGGGCUCUAGCAGGAGCACCACCGCUAGCACUUAA